AUGCGUACCGUCAAUCACAAUAACGGGUCGACAAUAACUAAGGAAAUUGGCUUACUUAAGAUUGAGGAGAAGGGAGUGAAAGUUCUUGCAUUACACGGGUUUGUGGACGAUGUGGUAGAAGCAUCGGACGGCAGUCUGUACUAUAGUGUCGCGAGUACAAAAUACGGCCUCCAUAACUGGAUCCUCGAUGUGCUGGAGGCUAAGCCGCGUGGGCAGCUUUUGAAAUAUGACCCUUCGUCGAACACGACAUCUGUUCUACUUGAUGGCCUCGGAUUUGCGAAUGGCGUUGCCUUAUCUGCGGACCAAGAUUACUUGGUCUUUUGUGAAUCUUGGAAGCAUAAGUGCUUGAAGUAUUGGUUGGAUGGAGAUAGAAAGGGGAAAACAGAGAUUUUCACUGAUAACCUUCCUGGAGCUCCUGACAACAUAAACCUUGCCCCGGAUGGUUCAUUCUGGAUUGCUUUGAUAGAGCUGCAUAGUAGGAAGCUCGGGCUUUUGUACAAGUGGCAAUUAUUGAGAAAUGGCAAGAUAAUAAGGGGUUUCGACGACCCGACUGGAAAGGUGAUGGCGUUCGUAACAUCUGCACUGGAGUUUGAAGGGCACUUGUACUUGGGUAGUCUUCACAAUGAUUUCAGAGGGAAAUUGCCAUUGCCAACUCCACCACUUUAA